CAGGGUCAGGAGGCCUGGGAGGAGGCCACAAGACAGGGACUAGGUCAGGGGGCCUGGGAGGAUGCCACAGGACUGGGGCCAGGUCAGGAGGCCUGGGAGGAGGCCACAGGUCAGGAACCAGGUCAGGGGACCUGGGAGGAGGCCACAGGAUGGGAACAGGGUCAGGAGGCCUGGGAGGAGGCCACAAGACAGUGACUGUGUCAGGGGGCCUGGGAGGAGGACACAGGACGGGGACUGGGUCAGGGGGCCUGGGAGGCGGAACCAUGGAAGGCCCUGGAGGCGGAGCCGUGGGGGGCUCAGGAGGCGGAGCCGAGGGAGGUUCGGGAGGCAGAGCCGAGGGAGGUGGCGCCGUGGGAGUCUCAGGAGGUGGAGCUGUGGGAGGCUCAGGAGGCGGAGCCGCGGGAGGCUCAGGAGGCAGAGCUGAGGGAGGUGGCCCCAUAGGAGGCUUGAGAGGCGGAGCCAUGGGAGGCUCAGGAGGCAGAGCUGAGGGAGGCUCAGGAGGCGGAGCCGCGGGAGGCGGAGCCGUGGGAGGCUCGGGAGGAGCCCUGGAAGACUCGAGAGAUUUGGGAGGCGGAGCCCUGGAAGGCUCGGGAGGAGGAGCCCUGGAAGACUCAAGAGACUUGAGAGGCGGAGCCCUGGGAGGCUCGAGAGGCAGAGCCCUGGGAGGCUUGAGAGACUUGAGAGGCAGAGCCCUGGAAGGCUCGAGAGGUGGAGCCCUGGGAGGCUCGAGAGGCGGAGCCCUGGGAGGCUCGAGAGACUUGAGAGGCGGAGCCCUGGGAGGCUCGGGAGGCGGAGCCCUGGGAGGCUCGGGAGGAGGAGCCCUGGAAGACUCGAGAGACUUGAGAGGUGGAGCCCUGGGAGGCUCGAGAGGAGGAGCCCUGGAAGACUCGAGAGACUUGAGAGGCGGAGCCCUGGAAGGCUCAGGAGGAGGAGCCCUGGAAGACUCGAGAGACUUGGGAGGCGGAGCCCUGGAAGGCUCGGGAGGAGGAGCCCUGGAAGACUCGAGAGACUUGAGAGGCGGAGCCCUGGAAGGCUCGGGAGGAGGAGCCCUGGAAGACUCGAGAUACUUGGGAGGCGGAGCCCUGGGUGGCUCGGGAGGCAGAGCCCUGGGUGGCUCGGGAGGCAGAGCCCUGGGUGGCUCGGGAGGCAGAGCCCUGGGUGGCUCGGGAGGCAGAGCCCUGGGUGGCUCGGGAGGCGCUGGGACGGUCGAGGCUACAGGCGCUGGCUCUGGGACGGCCGAGGCUACAGGCGCUGGCUUGCUGACCGUGGCAGGCGUGGGUUCUGGCUCGCUGACCGUGGCAGGCGUGGGCUGGGGAGCAGAAGCCUUUCCUCUUCUCUUCCUCCUCCGGGCAGACGGAGCUGACAACGCUGGCUCUGGGACGGACGAGGCUGGCAACGCUGACUCUGGGAGGGACGAGGCUUUAGGCUUGUUGGCCAUGGCAGGUGUGGGCGUUGGCUCGUUGACCGUGGCAGGUGUGGGCGUUGGCUCAGGAGCAAACCUCUCCAAAAUCAUAUUCACGUACUCAAUUCAAGUGUACUCACCACUCUCUGGCAACUCCUCCCAUCCAUGGGCAAGGAGGCCGAUCUGAUAAAUGGACUUUAGGUGUCGGUCCACAUAACCAGUGCAUCUGGCAAUGGUGCAAAACAUACGUGAGUAUUCGAUCAAAGGGAGGUUCGCCCGGCUCAACUGGAGGAAGAUUGCUGCUAGAUCCAUCUGAGGGUUAGUUCUUCUGUGACGUAGGCAGGCAGAGGUUGUGGAUCUAUGUGCAGCUUUAUUAACAAAACAGGGGAAAACUCAGGACAAAGGGAAAAAAACAAGGAAACCUAGUACAGAGCAUAACACAUGCAAGAACUAACAAGGAAACAAAGAAACUAAAAGGGCUUAUAUACAAAAAGGAACAAACAAGGGAAUAAGGAACACCUGGGGAAAUAAUCAGGGAAGGAGAACUAAUCAGGGGAAAACCAAUCAUAAAAUGAAACUACAAAGGACUACAAAAAUCAAACAGGAAACAGGAACUAAACUAAACUUCAAAAUAACAGCACAAAAACAAAAGACAGAGAACAUGACACAUAGACCCUGUUA